AAGUGAACACAGUUCUGGUGUUUUGUUCUGUAGCUGCGCUGGUUUGUUGGUGUGCUUAAAGUGUGUGAGAGAGACUGAUUUAAGUGUGUGUGAGCAAGUUUCUGGUUUGUUGGUUUGUUGGUGUGUGUAAAGUGUGUGUGAGAGAGCGUAAACAAAGUUCUGGUUCAUCGGUGUCGAGUGUUCGUGUGUGUGUGUGUGUCACUUGUGUGUGUUGCGAUGAGGCGUUGGCUGCUGCCACUGGUGUGUGUGUGUGUGUGUGUGCUGCGCUCGGCGGUGGAGGCCCAGGUCCCGCGUGUGUGUGCCACGUCGGCGGCGCUGGUGUCGGGCGAGUGCUGUCCCGCGUGGGCCGGCGACGGCUCGGUGUGCGGCGCGCGUUCCGGUCGCGGGUUCUGCCGCGAGGUGGAGGUCACCGAGGAACCCAACGGACCGCAGUACCCGCACAGUAACCGUGACGACCGGGAGAGGUGGCCCACCGUGUUCUACAACAGAACAUGUCACUGCGCCGGGAACUACAUGGGCGUCGACUGCGGAGAGUGCAGGUUUGGUUAUUUCGGCGCCUCGUGCGGACAGCGUCGCGAGCUGGUUCGGCGUAACGUCCUGCAGCUGUCGGUUGCCGAGCGACAGCGUUUCAUCUCGUACCUCAACCUGGCCAAGACCACCACCAGCCGCGACUACGUCAUCGUCACGGGAACGCUGGAGCAGAUGGCCAAUGGGACGCGGCCGAUGUUCGGGGACGUCAGUGUGUACGACCUCUUCGUCUGGAUGCACUAUUACGUCUCUAGAGAUGCGCUGCUGGGAGGACCGGGAAACAUAUUCGAGGACAUCGACUUCGCCCACGAGUCGGCCGCCUUCCUGCCGUGGCACCGCGUCUACCUGUUGCUAUGGGAACACGAGAUCCGGCGGCUGACGGGAGACGAGACGUUUACGAUCCCCUACUGGGACUGGAGAGACGCCGAGGACUGCCAGGUCUGCACGGAUCAGCUGAUGGGAGCCAGGAGCCCCGUGGCCUCAAACCUCAUCAGCCCCGGCUCUGUCUUCUCAUCGUGGAAGGUACGAAUUAAGAUUGAGUAA